AUGUAUUUGCUGGAAGGGGAACAGGUGUUGAUGGCGAUAACAAGCAUUGCCUUUAAGGUUCAGAGGAGGAACUCUUCUGGCCUGAUGCCUACCCAGUCUCUACAGCACCUCAUGAAGACGUCCAGGUCUGGCCGGUGGGCAGGUUUUCGGGACCAGUUAUUUCAUACCUGGGCCCUGGACGAUGAUCCUGUUCUGAAACACCUUCGGACCUCUAUGAAGAAACUAACAAGGAAGCAUGGGGACCUGCCACUCCCAGGUGGAAUCCAGUACCAGGUCCCCACCCGAAUUACCCUCUGGGGCAGUCAAUACCCACUCUCCCACUCACAGGGCCCUCAAAGGCACUGGAGGAGCCAGACCCAUUUGUGGGAGCCCCCACCCCUCCCUGUGAACACUGACAGCCUCAGAGAGCAGCAGAGGCCCCUCACUCCUGCAGAUCCCCCCAAGACACUGAUGAAGCAAAUCCAAUUCUUAGGGAAUGGUGGCCACAUGCUGGGCCAACCCCGGGCUCUAAAUCUGACAGCCCUGGAAGAGACAGAUGAGCACAGGAGCCCUGGCCUGGGAGAGGUGUGGGAGGAAGGCCAGAGCUUCUACUGGGAGCUGAGGGCUGAUGUCCACCUGGGUACCGUCCAGGUUCUCUGCAUGGACAAGUACAGGCUGGAGGAGCUGCCUGGACGAGGCACAGCUGUUAAACUGAAGAAAUCCCUCUUCAUGCUGAAAGAGCUCACCAACAAAUUCAGGUAUGCCGUGUUUGGCCUCGGCUCCAGCAGGUACCCUCAGUUCUACGCCUUUGCUUAUGACUUCAACCAGAAGCUGUCCUGCCUGGGGGCCUCUCAGCUCACCCUGACGUGGGAAGAGGAUGAGCUCAGUGGGCAGGAGGACGCCUUCCUCAGCAGGGCCGUGCAAACCUUCAAGGCAGCCUGUGAGACGUUUGAUGUCCGAGGCAAACAGCACAUUCAGAUCCCCAAGCUCUUCACCUCCAGUGUGACCUGGGACCCACACCACUACAGGCUCGUGCAGGACUCACAGCCUUUGGACCUCAGCAAAGCCCUCGGCAGCAUGCACGCCAAGAACGUGUUCACCAUGAGGCUCAAAUCUCGGCAGAACCUACAGAGUCCAACAUCCAGCCACACCACCAUCCUGGUGGAAUUCUCUUAUGAGGAGGGCCAAGGCCUGAACUACCUGCCAGGGAAGCACCUUGGGGUUUGUCCAGGCAACCAGCCGGCCCUGGUCCAAGGCAUCCUGGAGCAGGUGGUGGACGGCCCCGCACCCCCGCAGACAGUGCGCCUGGAGGCCCUGGACGAGAGCAACAGCUACCGGUUCAGUGACAAGAGGCUGCCCCGCUGCUCACUCAGCCAAGUCCUCACCUACUUCCUGGAUAUCACCACCCCCCCAGCCCAGCUGCUGCUCCAAAAGCUGGCCCAGGUGGCCAUAGAAGAGCCUGAGAGACACAGGCUGGAGGCUGUGUGCCAGCCCUCAGAGUACAGCAAGUGGAAGUUCACCAAUAGCCCCAUGUUCCUGGAGGUGCUGGAGGAGUUCCCAUCUCUGUGGGUGUCUACUGGCUUCCUGCUCUCCCGGCUCCCCAUUCUGAAGCCCAGGUUCUACUCCAUGAGCUCCUCCCUGGAUCACACGCCCACAAAGAUCCACCUGACUGUGGCUGUGGUGAUGUCCCACACCCGAGGAGAGCCCAGGAAGGAGGCUCUGGAGCAUUCGUGCUCCUCCUCUUAUUGGGCAUGUGUUCAUCAACUCAGCUUCAGUUCCCUCAUCAGUUCAAGGAGGGAGGCAACACCCACACCCCAGAGUUGUUUAUGGUAAUAGGAAGUGUGUGGGAGAGAUCUCUAGGAACCAGGCACUAAACCAAGCCUUCUGUGUGUAUAU